CCGGAUCGGAUCGAGGUUCCUCCGGUCGCCGUCGCCGGCCUGCUACCACCGGCCGUGCUCUCAGCUCAGGCUGCCCCGCCCGAGCUGGCACCGAGAAGGGAACCUGCUUUGGGUAUCUUAAAACAGAUCUGAGUGGGACAGCUAUGUGGUUCAAUGGAUAGAACCACAGACCUACAGAUGGGAGAUCCUGGGUUCAAAUUUGACCUCAGAUACUUCCCCAGCUGUGUGACCCUGGGCAAAUCAUUUAACUUCCAUUGCCUAACCCUUACUGCUCCUCUGCUUUGGAACUAUUGCAUAGUAUUGAUUCUAAGACAGAAGAUCUCUGCUGACUUUCAGUCUGAUGCCCAUCCAACCCUAUGACCACUUGGAAUGGAAUGAUUCUAUGCACUCCCUUCGGAUAAGUGUGGGUGGACUUCCUGUCCUUGCGUCCAUGACCAAAGCUGCUGACCCCCGCUUCCGACUCCGCUGGAAGGCAAUCGUAGUAUCUUCCCUGUGCUUUGGCUUUGUGCUAUUGCUGUUGUGCUUCCACCGUUCAUCCACAGGAAGGCCAGUCCAGACCAACGUCCACAACCGAAGACUUAGUCAGUUUGCAGGUGACCGGUACAAUGAUACUUACCCUCUCUCACCACCCCAGAAAACUCUCAAUGGAGUUCGAUACCGAAUUGCAGUUAUCGCUGAUUUGGACACUGAAUCCAGGGCCAAAAAGGAAAAUACCUGGUUCAGUUACCUGAAAAAGGGAUACUUGACCCUAUCAGAGAGUGGAGACAAAGUGACUGUGGAAUGGGAUAAAGAAGAUAGUAUCCUGGAAUCCCACCUGGCUGAAAAAGGGAGGGGCAUGGAACUCUCAGAGCUAAUUGUUUUCAAUGGGAAGCUCUAUUCAGUGGAUGACCGAACUGGAGUGGUCUACCAGAUUGAAGGCACUAAGACAGUGCCUUGGGUGAUCCUGUCAGAUGGAGAUGGUACAGUGGGAAAAGGUUUUAAAGCAGAAUGGCUGGCUGUGAAAGAUGAGCAUCUGUAUGUUGGAGGCCUGGGCAAGGAAUGGACCACCACUACUGGUGAAGUGAUGAAUGAAAACCCUGAGUGGGUGAAGGUGAUUGGCUACAAAGGCAAUGUAUAUCAUGAAAACUGGGUAUCUAACUACAAUGCUUUGAGAGAUGCAGCUGGGAUUCACCCCCCAGGCUACCUAAUUCAUGAGUCUGCUUGUUGGAGUGACACCUUGCAGCGAUGGUUUUUCUUGCCCCGUCGGGCCAGCCAUGAACGUUACAAUGAAAAGGAAGAUGAACACAAGGGUACCAACCUUCUCCUCCGCUCUGCUCAAGAUUUUGGAGACAUCUCUGUGAACCAUAUUGGGGAAAUAACCCCAACACAUGGCUUCUCUUCCUUUAAAUUCAUUCCUAACACAGAUGACCAAAUCAUUGUGGCCCUGAAAUCAGAAGAGGAUAAUGGCAAAAUUGCUACCUAUAUCAUGGCCUUCACUCUAGAUGGACACUUCCUCCUCCAAGAGACCAGGAUUGGGAGUGUAAAAUAUGAAGGAAUAGAAUUUAUUUGAAACAGGAGAAAAAAGACUUUUUUAUGGAGUAUAGCCAAGUGGCUAGAAUGUGUAAGCUAUGUCAUUACUUUGGUUUUAUACAAAUGAGAGGACUUCAGACUUUAUUUUUAUGAUUUUUUUUAAGAUUCUUUUUUGCUGCAAUGAGAGAUGUGUGUCCUGAUUGGGUAGUUGCCAGAGAAAAAAGAACCGAUUCAGAGUAGAACAAGUAAAGGAUUUCUUUGUAGUUGCUGAAACAGACCCAUUUUCAGUAACUGACUAAUGGCUUCUGUUAGUGGUGGUUGUGCCAUAAUAUGUUUCCACAUUGGCACCUGGUAGUGAAAAGCAGUCAUUAUCUUAAAUUCUGUUCAUGCUAUACGGUUCACUUCCUGCUGCAGAUGUGUGGACAGUUCCAACAUCUAAUUCCCCCCACUUUCAUUCUUGAGAAAAAUAUUCCAGAGCCAGUAGAGAUUGGGGGGUGGGGGUGGGGAGAUGACUUUGAUUAAGGAAUAUGAGUCUAUGAACACCAAUAUUAAGGUACCAGGACCUAGCAAGUGCCCUGAAAAAGAAAGCCAACUCUUUCUUUUUUCCAAGUUUUACAUAAGGUAAUCUCUAUCUCCGUGGCAGCUGACCUCAUUUUACUUAUUUGGGGCAAACUACAUUAUAGCAUCAUGGCACUUUUAAGUCUAACUUAUUUUAAGAAAAGAUAAUGCCCUUUAUUAUAAAAUUGAGUCACCAAAUUCAGUCAUACAACAGGAAGUCCUAUACUUAAGUCAUUCACCUAUCAGACAGUAAGUGGCCAUUGGGACAAUCUGUUCUGGGUCAAGACUAAAAAAAAAAUGCAUAUAAUGAAAGAAUAAUUGUAAUUAGAUAGUGUUAUAGUUAGUAAAACAACUUUUUAAAUGAUCCUGAGCCCUGGACCAAUAGGAAAUUAACAGAAAAAGAAAUUUUGAACUUCUUCAGGAACAAAUUGGAAACGUUCAUGUCUUAAAAGCUUUCACAGAGGCCUUGAAUUUUCACUUUCUUGCCUUUUUAAGUGGAAUGUUGGUUUCUGGAAUAAAUAAAUUUAUGUUCCCUGGAAUUUUUAUUCCCCGAAACUUAGUGUCUGCAAUUGAGACCCAGACUCUAAAUUUCCCUGGAAUAAUUUUAGUGGGGCAUCCAUCAUCUUACACCCUUCUGUCAUCUCACCUUGAUCCUCAGGCUGCCUCUGUUUUCUGAUGUCUUCUCUAAACACUCCUUGGUAUAGACAAGGUAGAGUUUGAGAGAAAGAAUGACAGGGAACAGAACUAAGAAGGGAAGUUUCUCUCAGUGUGCAUUGUUCCUCCCUAUAAGAGCUACCUCAUUUUCUUAUGAUUAUUUUUUCUUGUAAGAAAAACUGUCCAGUUGACAUGUAUUAAGGAUGGGUGAGUGAAAUGAGAGAAUCUUUCUUCCUGGUUUAAUCAAUGAAAACUUUUUCUCAACUUAAAACUUUGAUACAUUUUCUCUGCAGGAAUCCAAUUAUGACCUUUCUUGUUCUGAAGGUCUGUUUCUUUAUGCUGUAAACAAAGGGGAAAAGUAAAUUUAAAUUAUUGUUUACCUGCAACUUCUAGGCAUUUCCAACUGGUAUACAGAUAUGCCCCAGUGGAGCCAAGCUAGGCCAUCUGUGUCAUCUCCUCUCUACUUUCUUCUCUAUGGUGAAUGUCAAUUGUGUAAUCACACAAAAAACAAAGAGACUUGGGAAGGACAUGGAAAGUUUGAGAGAAUUGUUAGUUUUAGUUUGGAAUAUUUUCUGCCAGGUUUAAAGUCAGAUGUAAGAAGGGCCUUCCAGGUGUUUAGAGAGCAGUAAGAGUAACCCCCAGCUUUGGCAUUACUGGAUUCACAGUUUCUACAUGGUCAGUGAUUUUCCAAUAUCUUUAAAUUAUUCUGCCUUUUUUUCCCCCUUCCCUCUCUCUUUACUGCUGUAAACAUGAUUGUGUUCCUUGCCUGCUGGAUCCAUUUGUUAUAAUAAAGUUUCAGAGGGGAAUGUGAAUUCUGUUUCAUUUCUUGCUCUGUGUGAUAAUUGUUUGAGAGUUUGAUUCCCCUGGGGAACUGACCGUAGAAUGAUACACUACUGCUUGUCCUUUUGAGUGUCUUAGCUUAGGACUUUUUCUUCUUAAAGCAUCUUCCAGUUUCUGAAGGAGCAAGCUAGGGAUAUAAUAUCUGAAUUGUCUUAGCCAUAAAUAGCAUCCACUGCAAACAGUGGUGAGAAUUGAGCCUACAGUAAGAAGUGGUUUCCAAAUUUUAUGUAGAAAUUUUUUCCAAAAAAAUAUUGCCCCCCCAACACUCCAAAUAAGUUUGUUGGCAUGUAUUUUAGUCAAAUUAAGAAUUUACUAUAAUUUUAUAACACUUUAUAUAAUAUGAUACUAUAAUAUACAUAGAUAUUUAUUGAUAAAUAAUUUAUAUGUGAAAAUAAUAAUGACUAAUAUUAAUGAGAUGACUGGGCUUGUUUUUAUCAUAGUUUCUCAAUAUUGAUUUCAUUGAUGACAUUGCUACUUUAGCAAAGAACCCCUUUUUGUGCAAGAAGUUACAAAUAGUACUAAAAUUUGUAUCACUUUGAUUAAUCAGUUCUUUAUUCAUUUGUGGUCAAAUCAUAAGAUUGUUAUAAUCAAAAAUGUACAUCAGGGUGCUAUAACAAAAAAAGUAUUAACUGUUCUUGUUCAGAUGAGAUAACUAUCAUAUUUGUCCUUGGCAAAUAGGUUCCUUAUGCAUUCAUAAUCAGUAAUAUUUAGGUCUUUAAUAAAAUGAGAAUUGCUUUUGUAGAUCAGACAA